UUGAGAGGCUCAUCUUUAUCUGUGAUCUUGUCAACAGUAAGUCUUCGGUGAAAGAAUUUAGUGGCAGCGAGACGCUGGCUUUAUGAAGGCUCCUAAUUUUAAAGAACAAUAGACAUGCUGUGCAACUUAGAUACACAGUUUUGAGAAGACGUUUGGGAGAGAUAUUUUUUAUUCAUGACCUGACACCUGUUCAACAGUCAGCGUGAAAUCAAUAAAACCUCUGCCAUGAGCUUGAGAUAUUUUAAUUCAGAAAUGACAAUGGAGGAAAGAAGCAGCCGCAACGGAAGCAGAGACAGACUGGGACUGAGCUUCACAAUUGACUACCUGCUCUUUAAUAAAGGAGCCAAAGCUUCUAAAGACGAUGCAACAGCAAGUCGUGCUGCAGAGCAGAUAACGAACGACAUGCCAGGUCGUCAGAAUCCUAAACUCGAAGAGGUGGGGAUUCGCUGUGAGAUCCAAGAGAAGGGUCUACAGAGGUCAGAGGUAGAUGCUGAAAAAAGGAAAGCCAAAGAAGAUGAGGGGGAUGAAGACCAAAAAGAGGAGGGGGAGGAGGAAGUGACCACCACCACUACCACCACGUCUGCGAGCUGCGGUACAGAGAAGUCUGCGGACAAACCCAACCAGUCAUACAUUGCACUCAUCUCCAAAGCGAUCCUGGCGUCUGAGCAGAAGAAACUGCUUCUGUGUGACAUCUACCAGUGGAUCAUGGACCAUUACCCAUACUUCAAGAGUAAGGACAAAAACUGGAGGAACAGCGUGCGUCACAAUUUGUCCCUAAACGACUGUUUCAUCAAAGCGGGCCGGAGCGACAACGGUAAAGGCCACUUCUGGGCGAUCCACCCAUCGAACUAUCAGGACUUUUCCAAUGGAGACUACCACUGCCGAAGGGCAAGACGGAGGGUACGCAGGGUGCCAGGACAGCUCCCGCUUUCCUCCCUGAGCUCGCCCUACCAUCCCGCCAUCGUCCGUCCCCACAGAACGACCUGCUGGUGCUGUCCUCAGGCCUCUGCACUUCCUCUUCAAUGCUUGGCACCCAGACUCUACUGGCCUUGGUCCAGCAUGCAGCCACAAAUAGGGCUCCACCUGGGCCUAAAUGCCUCUGUACCCUGAGAGUGAAUUGUUUGUACUGUUGAGGUAUACUAUACUAACAGUUUGGCCCUGAAACACUAUUACUUAAAAGAGAAACUUUUUAAUCUAAUGAUUAUAUCAUUAGGCGAUGUUAAAACUGAA